AUUCUGAAACAUCCCUCGAAGCAGACUCCACGAUUGAUCCACAGCUUAACCAUGCGACUGCAAUCCGCGCUAUUUGCGAUCCUACCAGCUCGUCUAUACACCAGACGGCUGCUCUAUUUCAAGAAUCUAACAGUGAAGUCACCCUCGGAUUGGGACUUGCCACAGCCUCUCGACGAGGCAUCAAUUCAGGAACUAACUUGGUGGCACGACAAUCUAGAGAAAUGGAACGGUCGGUCAUUUAUUCCAACCUCCCCUCAAGAGACAAUCUUUGUAGAUGCAAGCAACUCGGGCUGGGGCUGUACAUGGAACAACCAGACAACGCAUGGAUAUUGGACGCCCAACGAAGCAGCCUAAUCAAUCAAUUGGCGAGAGCUCAAGGCAGCUUGGUUAGCAAUGCAGUCUUUUCCAACACUGAAGGACACCACGAUUCUGAUUCGUACAGACAAUCGAACCAGUCUAGCUUACAUCAACAAGCAAGGGGGAACGCGUUCUUUGCAUCUGCUAAAUUUAGCAAUCGACAUUUGGAACUGGUGCCUCCAACGCAACAUCGUCAUUCAGGCUCAACACAUUCAAGGCAUUCAGAAUACGAUUGCCGACUUCGAAUCUCGUCGUCAAUUCCAGAAGAACCAGUGGCAAAUUCUUCCCUCGGUGUUUACACGGAUAAACCAAAUUUGGGGUCCAUUCGACGUAGAUCUUUUUGCGAAUCGAACGACCUUCCUCCUACCAAGAUACGUGUCAUGGCUUCCGGAUCCGGGGCCAUGGCAUGUCGACGCAUUUACUCUCAAUUGGCGGAUCCUGGACAAUCCAUUUAUCAAUCCCCCCUGGAAUCUGAUAUCUCGGGUCCUUACCAAGCUACUUCGAGACCAAGUCUCUCAAGCGGUCAUAGUAGUCCCGUUUUGGACAAGUGCGCUGUGGUUUCCCCUCCUUUGCUCCAUGGCCAAAGCACCAUCUUUAUUCCUCCACCGUUGUCAGGUUCAAUCGACAACGGUACACAGUACCCACCCUCUCCACAGGAAUCAGCAUUGGAAACUAUCCGUUUGGAAAGUAUCCGGUCUAAGUUUCUAAACCAGGGUCUUUCGGAUCCUGCUAUUCACUCCCUCAUGUCCAAGUACGACACCUCGUCUCCUUCCUUCAAAAACUAUCGAAAAUAUUAGUUACUGUUUAUUGACUGGUGUACUCAGGCUCUCCUCGAUAUCCCCAGCUUCACCCCCGCUACUUUAAUCAAUUUUCUAUCUUACCUCCACACGACUUA